GCGUGCUACGCAUGCAGACAGCGAAAAUCUCAAUGCAAAGUUGAGCCUGAACAGCCUCUUGCGUGCAUGAUGUGCCGCUCGCAUGGCAGUACCUGCGUCUUUCCUCCAUCACGGCCGAAAGCCCAGAAACGAAGGUAUCGGCGCCAGUGUAACGGUCCGGGAGACGUGGAGAUCUCGCAGCUUCAAACGAUUGGUGUUGAACAGGCUUCUGUCGUCCCACACUCGGACACUGGGCACGGCAUUGCCAUCAACGUCCAGAGCGACUCCAGCGCCGACGGCCAAUUGAGCCUGGAGGCAGCAGCCGAAGCAUCUUCUAAUCAGCGCCUUAUUGGACCAGUGUUGGCCAGUGACGAUCAGCAUCUCUCGAAGCUGAUGGAAGACAAAGGUGUAACGGGCACCGCCACUACCCGUACGGUGUUCUCUUCGAGGCAUGGAAGCAACCUGUCAGCCCCUAUCGUCUUCACGCCGGCCAGGAGAAGACCAGUGGGCCUGCAUUCAAGGUCCGAACCGGCUCAAGAGACACUUGACAUUAUCAAAAAGCUUGUUGAGCCCUGGGAAGAUGACCUUCUCAAGUUAUAUGUUGCGAAGGCGGAAAUUUGUUGCCCAUUGCUAAGCAAGAAGCAACUUCAUCACUUGCUUGAUACCCGAGAUGGAAAUGCGCCGCCUGCUCUCUUGGCGUGCCUUCUUGCACAUAGCCUUACGUUCUGGAGUUCAAGCCAAUGGCUGUCAUCUCGUCGACCCCCAGACCAGAGGUUCAUCUGGAAUCUAGCCAACGAGGCGCUCUUUCUGGAGAUGCGGGUGUCACCGAAGUUGUCGACAAUAGCCGCGGUUCUGCUCAAUGUCGGAGGACGGCCAACUUCCAUGGUCUUCAACAACUCGGGCCAGCUUGGGUUUGCCAUAUCGGUUGCGUACACCUUGGGGUUGAAUCGAGAUCCUACCGAAUGGGACAUUCCGCCACACGAGAAAGAAGCUCGAAUGAACUUAUGGCGCGGACUACUUCUUUAUGACCGAUGGCAGAGCCUCGCUCAUGGCUCACCGCCGCACAUUCAAACAACUUACUUUGAUGUUCCUACUAUCGAGCCAUCAACCCAGCUGACACAGCAUACUGUAGAAUCCAAUGCUCGGUCCAUAUAUGAACACCUUCUCACCCUGACUGAGAACGUCCUAUCGCCUCACCUAUGUGAGAUUAAUCGAUUGGCUACCGUGGGAGACAAGUCUUUCAGCUCGAACGACCAGAGACACGACAGCACUAGCCGACUUCAAGAAUGGAUGGACUCUUCAACCGGCGUAAGUCGUAGCGUCAUCAUUCGAGGAACAGACCUCAGCACUCCCGGAGCCGCAAACCUCAGACUGGCUUUUCUCAUAAUACAGUUUCUGGAUCGCCGUCUGAACAUGGGCCCAGGUCACGAAGCAUCUGGCCAGUCGGGGCACUACCAACCCGCCUUGAGAGCUGCGGAAGACGUUGUAUUCUUUCUCCAAGAAUUGGGCGAAGAUGAGUUGCAAGGCUAUUGGAUGCCAACGAUGGGAUUCGCACUACUCAUGGUUAUGACGUUUCUCAUACGAUCUGUAUUGGAUACUGACCCUGCACAACGUGAGCUGAACCAGCCUUUGGGAUUCGCGCAGACGAUGAUGGAAUGUCUUCGUGAACACCGAAAGCGAGGGAACUGGGAUAUUGCCGACUUGUGCUUGGGUUAUUACGACCAGGCCCUGCAGAAAAUC